AUGGAGCUGGACAGGGCACAGAUAUCCCUGCUGGUGCUGCUGGCCAAGCUGGGACUUCUAGCUCAAACCUUGAUGUUCUCGCAGGUCAAGGCUGCCAUAUGCCACCAGGUAACUUGCAGACCAUGCCGGGCUCUAAGCCAUGCAGACUCUCUGCUCUUCAUCCUGACGGUCGAGGGCGGCUGGCACCGAGGGGCCCUGGUGGACGAUACUGAGGAUGUGUCCCUGGAUUUUGGCAACGAAGAGGAGCUGGCGUUUCGGAAAGCCAAGAUCAGGCACCCGGUGGCCACGUUUUUCCACCUGUUUUUCCGAGUAAGUGCCAUCAUCACCUACGUGGGCUGUGACUGGUUCAGCAGAAGCUUCGUGGGCUGUUUUGUCACCGUGCUUCUCCUCCUGUCCUUCGACUUCUGGUCUGUGAAGAAUGUAACCGGACGACUCAUGGUGGGCCUUCGCUGGUGGAACCAGAUCGACGAAGAUGGGAAAAGCCACUGGAUUUUUGAAGCCAGAAAGGUCUCUCCAAAUACCGUGGCUGCCACAGAGGCGGAAGCUCGGGUCUUCUGGCUCGGCCUCAUCAUCUGCCCCAUGAUUUGGAUCGUGUUCUUUUUUAGCUCCUUAUUUUCCUUGAAGCUCAAGUGGCUGGCCCUCGUGAUAGCUGGGAUUUCUCUCCAAGCCGCUAACCUGUAUGGCUAUGUCCUUUGUAAGAUGGGAGGCGAGAGUGACAUCAGCAAAGUCACAGCCAGUUUUCUGUCCCAGACGGUGUUCCAGACGGCUUAUUUUCCGAGGCAGCGAAGGCUCAAGUGAGAGGUUCUGUAAUGGAACAGCUUCCGACAGAGAAGAAAAUUCCAUGACCCACAAGCCGCUGGUUUUUUACAUGAAGCAGGCCUUGGGGCAGAGGUUUGAGGAGAUGUUUUUAUUUUUCAAACGGCACAUCUGUAAAGAAUGCCCUUUACAUAUGUUCUAAAGAAAAGUGUACAAGUGUUAGAUGAUUAAAGUGUCUCUGAAAAAGGGACUUCACACCA